AUGUCUAUACCAUCAUCAAAAAAGGAAGUGAAUGAAAAGGGAAGAGUAGAUUUCAUAAGUCAACUACCGGAUGAUAUUUUGUUUUCCAUAAUCUCUUCUCUUUCGAUUGAUGAUGUCGUGAAAACAAGCGUUCUAUCAAAGAGAUGGAUACAUUUGAGAAAUAAUGUUUCUCACUUUGAUUUUGAUUGCACUCACAUGUUCAAAGCCUUACCAAAAUUUUAUAACCGAAUUUCAUAUAAUAAAUUUUUGAAGUCCUUAGCCACCGAAGAACAUGCUAGGAAAUAUAGUGAAAUUGUUAACACUAUAUUGCAUCAACAUAUUGGUGAUUAUUUGAUUAAUUCGGUUUUACCUGCAUUUGAAAGUUGUGAAAAGUUGAAAAUUUUGAAGUUGGAGAAAAUGUCUAUGGUGGAUAGUAUCAUCAAUGGAAUUUUGAAAAAUUGUUUUGGUUUAGAGAAAUUUUGUCUCAUUGAGUCAGAUGGUUUCGAUAGCCUCAAGAUUGAAAACAAAAAUCUUAAAUAUUUGGAGCUUUUGUUGUUGGAUGUUGAAGAGAUAGAUGUUAAUGUUGAGGAGCUUCAUGUUUUGGUGAUUGAUUCUCUAAGGUGCCCUCCAAAGUGUCUUAGAAUUAAUUCUCAUAACCUAUGGAAUUUCUCUUAUACUUGCAAUUUAGAUCCUCUUUCAGAUCCUCAAGAUAUUCUACAAACUCGUGAAAUUUUUGAAAAUUGCAGUAACCUUUUGGUACAUAAACCAACUAAUAUUUUUCGAAAUCUAUCAACCUUGUCGAUUGAUUUGGAUUUGAAUAACAUAAGAGAUAUUUUGGCAUUUUCUUACAUACUACCAAUGUGCUUCCAUCUUAAUACUCUUGAAAUUACAGUACCAGUAGAGGAAUCAUCAGUUUUCACCGAUACUUUUGAUGAUUGUGCUCUACCAUUUCCUAAUUCAAUGUUCUGGGAGAACCGAGAAGUGCCUGAUUUUGUUUGUAUGAAGUUAAAAUUUGUUACAGUAAAAAGAUUUACUGGCAAAGCACUGGAAAUAAGUUUUUUGAAGCAUUUGAUUACAAGAGCUUACAUGAUGAAAAAGUUGCAAGUAAUUUGUGAUUCGACAGUUGUGAACAAAGGAAAAUAUUUAUGGUCACUAAGAAGAGCUUCAACUAAUCUCUCCAUUCUUUUUAAGUCAAAAAUCUAG